AUGCCUUUUUCUAAUAUUAUCAAUAGCGCAGAGAGUAUCGGUGUUGGGCCAAAGUUGGAAAGUAAUAGAUCUAGAAGGUUAUCGACUUCAUUACAUGAAUUGAUUAGACAAGGUUGUGGACCACUCGACACUAGAACCCGUCGUGAUUCCGGAGAUCUCUCAUCUCGUUUCCCAGCUAUUGUCCUUGACCCUCGUGCACCUUCUUCUCCUAUAAUCAAGAAAGAAGAGUCUCCCCUUGUCCAAAUCGAUCAAAUUGCGAAGAUCAAUAACAUCUCCUCGACCAACAAAUUGAAUCAGAAUCAGAAUCAAAACCAAAAUCAGAAUCAAAACCAACACCAGAAUUUGAUGAAAGUGGAAUCAGAUUCCAUUCCUGGUCAAAUUCAUAAACGUCUUGAACAGAAUAAUCAACUCAAUACAAAACCGAAAUUUCAUUCUCCAUUAUGUGAUGAUAUCAUCUCUACUCCGACUUGCCCUUUACCUCAAAUCAACAAAAUCGGAAAAGAGAAUUGUUGUGAUUCGUUGAAAAAAGAAAAAGAGAAAGAUGUGAUUUGUCUUUGUGUUAAGACAGGAGAUGAAGUUGGACAAGAUGCCAUUGAUGUUGAUAAAGAUAAAGUUGAAAUCGAAAUUCAAAUCAACGAUUCGACUGUCGUUAGUCCUAUUCAGGAAGAAAAAGAACAAGAAAAAGAGGAAGGGGAAGGGAAAGGGAAAGAAGAAUAUCUUGAACAUUUGGAAAAUUUAGGUCAACAAGGUUAUGAAACUUCACUUCGACAAGUCGGAAAUUGA